AUGGCCCGUCAUCGUACUGUGCUGAGCGACGCGACAUUUCACGUUGAAGUCAACGAGAUUGGCAACAGGCGAUACCAGCAGGGUAGCAAUGGUGCCGAUGGUGCUGUGUUCAAGACGCCACCGGAAGAGGAUAAAAUUGAGGUGCUACCGGAUGACACCACCGAGGAACAGCUGAGCAAUGAGGUUGGACUGUUCUCGCCCACGGGCAACCCACUCGCCAGCCAGGAGGACCAGUUUCAGGGUGUUAAUGCUAGUUUCUCGCAAAGCUUUCGCCGCUGGUCAAGUAACUUUGGACGAAGUGUGAAAAACAAUAAGCGCACUGUUUACAACAAAACCAUCCGCUUGAUGCCGUCUCGAAUACAGAAAACACUCUCGAUCGAUGGUGAUCUGAUAACGACUAGCGCAUCCGACGUAGACCACAUCACGAUGGAGCUUGGCCAACGGGAACAGCUGAUGGAGGACAACCCGAUCGCAGAACAGCUUCGAAUCGAAACGAUCAAAUCGAUUGCGCACAAAAUCUCCACCAAACGCCAGAUCCGGGAGCAACUCUCCCAGACGGUCAAUCGUCGGGCGACACGCGCCAAAUCGAUCGGACUGCUCCGUCGGUACCGGUACAGCGGCAAGCUGUAUGCGACCCGCGCUGCCAAGCUGCUGAAAAGUUUCGUCACCAACUUUGAGCUGUUUUAUGGCAGCAUGAAGCAGAUCGAGGGACACUUUGGGAGCCGUAUCAGUGCGUACUUUAAGUUUUUGCGGCGAUUGCUCGUGCUGAAUCUGGUGCUGCUGCUGUUUAUCGGUUCGUUCGUGAUCUUUCCCCAGCUGUUGGCCGGGCCCGAUCCGAUCAGUUCCGGUUGGAACAUUAACUCACGGCAAGAGUUUCAUCUGCGCGAUCUGUUUACCGGUGAGGGUUACCUCAGCGAAUCGGUUAUGUACUACGGUUCGUACAGCAAUCGCUCGUUCACGCUUGUACCUGGUACGGCUGAGUACAGUCUACCGCACGCAUACUUUCUCACCAUCACCGUACUCUCACUGGUGACGUUUGUCAUCGUGUCGAUCAGUAUGGGCCGCUCGUACCGGAUCAGCUUUAUCGAGUCAAGCGCCACGGUGCAGAACAUCCUGACGCACAAGAUCGUCUGCUCGUGGGAUUAUGGUAUCGCGAAUGGGAAAGCCGCCCGGCUCAAACACACCACCAUCCUGAACGAGCUGCGUGACUAUCUGGCCCAGCGGAACCGUGACCCGCUCGUUCCCGGCCGGUGGCAUCGUCUAAGGCGCGAAGCCUUACGGGCGGUGGUGCAUGUGACGGUGCUGGCACUGAUCAGUGCGGUUGCCGCGUCUCUGUGGGCACUGUUGGUACGAUUCGGCGAGACGGAUCACUUUACGGCCUGGUCCGCACUGUACGUGGCGAUCGUGUCGAACGUGACGAUGGUCGCGUUCGGGUAUGCCUGCCAGCUGCUUGGCCGGCUCGAACAGUACCGACAGGUGGCGACCCGGCUCAACAUUAACCUGCUGCGUCAUUUCCUGCUCCAGCUGACGAUUGUCGGUGUGCUGAUGGUGUACUGGUUGACGCGUGCCCACACCGAGACCGGUUGCUGGGAGACUCUAAUAGGGCAGGAACUCUAUCGGCUACUGGUGGUGGAUUUCUUCAUCUCAACCGUGCUGCUUUGUGCGAUUAGAGGGGUACGCUACCUGCUCCACGUACGGUACGGUCCGGUGAAGGGUAAAGCACCUCGAGCAACUCUUCUGAGUCGCUACCUUACACCACCACCGUUCUGCAUCGAAACGCACAGCCUCGGACUGGUGUACAAUCAAACAUUGCUGUGGUUUGGUGUGCUGUUCGCACCCCUUCUCGUACUGCUGGUAGCGCUGAAGCUGCUACUCGUCUUCUACAUCAACAAGUUCGAGCUGAUUUACCUCUGCCAACCACCAGCCCGGGUGUGGCGCUCAAGCCAAACACAAACACUCUUCCUCGUGCUGGUAUUCGUGUCACUGUUCGGUGUGUUGCUCACCCACGGAUACAUCAUCAUGCAGGUGCCGGUGAGUGCCGGAUGUGGUCCGUUCCGGGGCACCCAGUACAUGUACCAGCUGUUCAUGCAGGGCAUCCUGAAGCUGCGCGAGGAGCACCUGUUCUGGCGCGUCUUCGUCUACAUCACGAAACCGGCCAUCAUCGGGGGCGUACUGCUGACGAUGGGUGUCGCCACGUACUAUCUCCGAGCGAAAUCACGCGCUCAGAUAGCGAAGGUGAAGCUGCUGAAGGAGCUGCUAGGGAUGGAGGCGAAGGAUAAAAAGUUUCUGCUCGCCAGCCUGAACAAGGUGACACACGGGAAGGACUGUGCCGAGCCGCUCGACCGGAUCGAGUUGGUUGGCGGUGGACGCCUUAAUGGACCGGCUGAUAAGUAUUAUACUGAUCCCUGCGGUACCUGGCGGUAUGAGGAAACGCCACACAAGAGCGACGAGGGAGUAGUGGCCGACACUGGCAAUGAAUCCAGCUCCGGAUAUCAGCGAUUUGAGGAUGAGGAACAGCUGCGCAUGAGAAGAUCCUAA